ACCUGCGUCCCUUGCUUCCUUGCAGCGGAUUGGACGAGCAGCGACUUUCUAUUCUGAACAUGGCGGGUUUUAUCAAUGAGGUAAAUAAGCGGUAUCAUGCUGUGUGGAGAGAAAUGAAAUAAUGAGCAGGCUACGUUCAGCUGUGCACAAAGGAAAAAGAGCCAGACUGGAAGUGGUAGAAACGGCAAAACCAAAUCGGAAGACGUCAGCGACGGUCGUGAAAGACGAGAAAACCACGAAGGAUGCCUCACUGUCCACAUACCACACCUUUCCUGACUCUACAGCGGUGGUGCGGCUGCGUUGUCAGCUCCUGUACUGGUAUGACCAGGAGAAGAGAGAGCUGCCAUGGAGGACUCUGGCUAUGACAGAAUCAGACCUUAACAUCAGGACAUAUGCAGUGUGGGUUUCAGAGAUCAUGCUGCAGCAGACUCAAGUUGCCACAGUAAAAGACUACUACAACAAGUGGAUGAAGCGGUGGCCCACAGUGCAGGAUCUUGCAGCUGCUACACUGGAGGAAGUGAACCAGAUGUGGGCUGGCCUUGGCUACUACUCCCGUGGAAAGAGACUGCAUGAGGGAGCUCAGAAGGUGGUAACAGAGCUGAAGAGACAGAUGCCUCAGACAGUGGACAGCCUGUUGAAACACCUGCCUGGAGUGGGACGCUAUACUGCUGCAGCUAUAGGCUCUAUUGCAUUGGGAGAGGUUACCGGCGCUGUGGAUGGCAACGUGAUUCGGGUGCUGUGUCGGCUGAGAGCCAUUGGUGCCAACUGCACAAGUCCUGCAGUAACAGAGGCACUUUGGGAUCUAUCGAAUAUGCUAGUGGAUCCAGAGAGACCAGGAGACUUCAACCAGGCCAUGAUGGAGCUGGGAGCACGAGUGUGCACCCCUAAAGCACCACUCUGUAGCCAGUGUCCUAUACAGUCUCACUGCCACUCUUAUCACAAAGUUCAUGUCAAACAAGGACAAAAUUCCAGGAAGCUCUUGGUGAAGCUGGACAGAAAACCUUCAGCCCUGCCUGACAUAGAAGACUGCACAAACAGUGGGACAUGUCUGUUGUGUCCUACGGAGCCCUGGGACAAUGACUUGGGUGUUCAGAACUUCCCCAGAAAGCCGGCAAAGAAGCCGCCCAGAGUGGAGCGAACUCUGACCUGUGUGGUGAUCAGACCUGGAGAGAAGGGAGAGGAGGAGUAUCUGCUCACACAGAGACCAAACAAAGGUUUGCUGGCAGGCUUGUGGGAGUUUCCCAGUCUUCUUCUGGAGGGUGAGAGCUCUGAGAUGAAACAGAAGGGGGCACUGUGUGCUGAACUAGGCAGGAUGCUGGGAACUCAUUUGACUGAGAGCUGCUUCUACUAUGUGGGAGAGGUGGCUCACGUCUUCUCCCACAUCCACCAGACUUACGUGGUUCACAGUGUAUAUUUGAAGGACGGCCACACACAAACCCAGCCUGAAAACAUGCAGUGGCUCACCAGAGCUGCUCUGCAGGAAGCUGCUGUAUCCACAGGAGUCAAAAAGAUUGUGAAGCUUUAUGAUUCUGUGAAAAGCCGAAAUGAACAAACCUCCAAGGAUGGAAGCAAGAAAAGGACUACUGGUAUAAAACACGACAAGAAAGCACAGAUGUCAAAAAAGCCCAGAGCGUGUGCAGCUGGCGGUGGCAGCAGGCAGCUCUCACUCAGCUCCUUCAAAACAGUGAAAGAGGGAUCCUGUUAGAGUCCUGCAUCUUUGCCUUUAUGAUAAAGCAUCACCCCUAUGUUGCUAAGGUAUUGUUAUGGUACUGUGGUCCUAUCACUGGCUGUUAAAUACUGUACCAGUCUUUACUGUACCUGUAGAUGCCAGUCCUUUAAAAUGUUACAAAAUGAAAAACAAUCCAAAAAUUCAUAUUUUGCUCAAAUGGUACUGUAUUUCUGCAGCAGCAGUGUACUUUGAUUUUUAGGGACUUCACUGUAGAUAAUCACUUGGUUUUAUCAAGAUAUUAUGACUGAACUAAUAUGUAUCAUCUGUAUGACAUCCUAAACUUUGUUGCAGGAUUGUCAUCAUUUUGUGACAACUGGCAUGUUUUAAAUACAGUAUGUGAGAUAACUGUCCUUUUUAUUGCUACAAUAAAUUGUAAAAUUAGCGAGAAAAAAAAAGAUGUUAGCUUUGGAUAGCAGAGCUCAGUUCGAGUCCAGUCACCGGACAGAAACUCAUCUUCAUGUUCCCUGGUGACAUGGACACAUGGACAAGUGUCCACAUGUGUUAUCUUCAUCUUCGAGAAGUUUAACACAUCAUCAAAUUUAUAAUAACAGUCUUUCUUGUUGCUGCAACUUGCAGACUUUGGUUUCUUGUAACUACUUUGAUAUGUGAAAGGAACAAGUUUUCAUGAUUUGUAACAAGAAAGACAUCUAGUUAAAGCCUCUAGGGAGCAGUGGUGGAAAGUAACUUCAUUAGCUUAAGUACAAAUUUGAGGUAUUUGUGUUUGAGUACUGUACUUUCAUUUUUUUGUUACUUCACACUUGGGCUUCCCUACCCAGCAGUAAUUCAGAUUAUAA